CCCGUCGCAGCGCUCAGACACGUAGGAGACACACAUCAUGCUCCACCCACAGACGAGCACCACCACGGUGCUUCUAGCUCUUGCCUUCGCUGCAACGGUGGGCUCAGUCCCUCACGGCAGCAUCCAGUCUCGCUUUUCCGAACUCGGUCCGCGUGCAGAUGACAUCGACCUCAACCCGUAUCCCACCAAGCCCCGUCUGACCUUCCGGAGCGACGGCACCUUCAAAAUCACCGUCUUCUCGGACCUGCACUAUGGCGAGAAUCCGUGGGACGACUGGGGCCUUCAGCAGGACAUCGACAGCACCAGCUUGAUGAACACCGUGCUGGACUCUGAGACGCCAGACUACGUGGUUUUGAAUGGUGAUCUGAUUACUGGCGAGAACACGUUCCGCGAGAACUCUACCACGCUCGUCGACGAGAUCGUCGCUCCGCUGAACAAGCUCAAGAUCCCGUUCUCUUCUACACACGGAAACCAUGACAACGAGCCGAACAUCACGCAUGCGGAGGAGAUUCGGCGUGAGCUCAAGGUUGCGCCGCUGAGCUACACCCGUUUCGCGCCAUCUUGGGCCGAUGGCGAGGGCUACGGUCCCGGGACCUACUGGGUUCCCGUGUACACCAAAAAGUCUGAUCGCAACCCCUCCCUUAUCCUGUGGUUCUUCGACUCGCGCGGCGGUUUCAGCGAAGGCGCAAACUCAACUGCACUCCCCGACUGGGUCGACGCCAAGGUCGCAGACUGGGUCAAGUUGACUGUAGCCAAGAUGAACGCCGCAUGGGGCCCCGCAGAGACGGUUGAGAGGGGUUCCCUCGCAUUUGUUCACAUUCCACCCAACGCCGUGCAGGCUCUGCAGACGAACCUCAACAGUACCCAGGACCCUGGUCUCAACGAGGACCUCCUCGGCUCCGGCUCCACCCAGGCAUCUGGCGAUCCUGCAAAUGGCGGCAAGGAUGAGCCGUUCUGGGACGCGGUGAACUCGGAGAUAAAGAACCUCCACGGUGUCAUCUCCGGCCAUGACCACGGCAACGAGUGGUGCAAGCGCGAGCCCACCAAGAACGUGAUCUUCUGCUUCGACAAGCACUCUGGGUAUGGCGGAUACAGCGGGACAGGCUGGGGCCACGGCGUGCGCAACGUUGUGUUCAGGUCGCCGAAACCGAGCGUCGGUCCGGAGACGUGGAUUCGGAUGGAAGCCGGGGACACGCAUGCGCGGAUCAUUCUGGACAGCUCGUACAAUUGAUACAGCAAAGCCUCCGUCGUCUGGCAUUUGAACGUAUGCAUGAUCUUUCUGUUCUGAAAUCAAAAAUGUUUGUCCUGCGCACUUGUCGUCAUGCGCGUU